UAAUGUCCUUAUUGCGUGACUCUUGGACCUCUUCAAAAAGUUGUCCGAUCGGUAAUAAUCAAGGCAUUACAGUCACACGUCUAUUAAUUAAAAAUUAGUCUAACUAUUCGUGGAGCACUCCUGAGCAGCCAGAUUUUUACUAUAUUAUAUUUCAUACUAUACACUAUCACUUCCUUGUCGAAACAAGAUCGAGACUCGCGAAGACAUUUUUA